UACGUUUCUGUUUAAUAAAUUAUAAUGAUAAUCUUUUGUUGAUGAGCACUGUGAUGUUUACAAGUGAUUGCAAAAACAACAAAAAUAGCUCCUGGUCCUUAUUUAAAGGAACCACGUGACGAAGAAAUGACAGCGGAUCCCAAACCUGAGUACUGUACAGUACAUCACUUGCGGUGUAGUAGACAGAAGCUACAGUGUCUGUUGCAACAUAAGCAUCCUUUUCGGAGAGGAUUCGCCUGUUGAUGAAGACGCCAGCCCAGGUGCGUGGAGCGGCUGUACUGUUGUGUAACCUUGAAGAGAAGAAGCAAUGCGGCCGAUCUCUUUUGGAGCAGGAAUGAAUAAUGCGCAGGAUGGAAGCAGCUCGCUCUUCAGCGACUAGACACAGCCCUAACCUCUGCUUGGAUCAGACACUCCCCCGACUCGGAUGCGAAUGUCUCCUGGAGCUGCUUCGCUAAAUUGCAGAAAGGUAAGCCAGGAAUAAUGUCAGCAUGUGCCCGGCAGAGUGUAAAAAGAGCCUGUUCACCAGGCUUUGUGUGACAGGACCCCUUUGUGAGCUCGGCGAUGGCACGGGGCAGGAUAAAUGAACACACGCCACUUCUGUAGUCAUGGGCUGUGGCACCUCUGUUGCCACGGAGAGCCAGGGGAAGAAAUCCGAGAAAGAGCUGCCUUACAAAUUCUUUUAUUCAAUUACUGCUCACGCAGAGGAGUCUACCAAGACUCCCUCCCCAGCUCUAGUGAUGAAGGCAGCAAUCCUGAUCCAGCGGUGGUACCGGCGCUACAUGGCACGCCUCGAGAUACGGCGGCGAUACACUUGGAGCAUCUUUCAGUCCAUUGAGUACGCAGGGGAACAGGACCAGCUGCAGCUAUCCAGUUUCUUCAGUUUCAUGCUGGACAACGUCACCCAGCUUGGUGUGAAUGGCCCAGAUCUGAUUUCCCACUUCCUGUGUCCAGCAGGCAGCGCGCUGACGGAGGAGGGGGUGCCAGUCCAGUUCGAGAAGAUUGAAGUGCCAGACUCCUACUCCGGCCCUCGGCUGGCCUUCCCUCUCACUGUGGCUCAUACCAACGCGCUCCUCAGUGCCUUCAAGAAGCAGCAGACCCUUCAUGCCCGAUAUGUUCUACAGUUGUUACACGAGACGAAGAAGUUCUUGAAGCAGAUGCCAAACAUCAUUCACUUGUCGACCUACACCAAAGAGAUCACAAUCUGUGGUGAUUUACAUGGCAAACUGGAUGACUUAUUGCUUAUAUUCUACAAGAAUGGUCUUCCUUCAGUUGAAAACCCAUACAUCUUCAAUGGCGAUUUUGUCGACAGAGGAAAGAAGUCGAUGGAGAUAAUCAUUAUCUUAUUCUCCUUCCUUCUGCUUUAUCCUAAUCACAUGCACCUGAAUCGGGGAAACCAUGAGGACUACAUAAUGAACCUGAGGUAUGGCUUUACAAAAGAAGUUAUGCAGAAAUACAGGGCCCAUGGGAGGGAUAUUUUGCAGAUUCUGCAAGAUGUCUUCAGCCUGCUUCCAGUGGCAACAAUAGUUGACAAUAAAGUCCUGGUUGUUCACGGGGGCAUUUCUGAUAUGACUGACCUGGAUUUCCUAAGCUCCAUAGAAAGACAGAAGUUCAAGUCGGCACUCAGGCCUCCCAAGAGGAGCUUCUAUCACAGUGAGGAGAGGGACCACUACCAGGGCCAAUGUGCUGAGACCCGGGGGAGCCCAGCCCCCAGACGGAGAAGAGGCCAGCUACCCAAGCAGAACAGCAGCUCCUCUUCGUCCUCAUCUUCCUCCUCCUCGGCGCCCUCUCCUGCCCCCUCCUCCUGUCAAUACAGGAGCCCCGCUCCCGAGCACUAUCCCCACAUUCUGGAGCUGCCCUACCUGGACUCCAAUGUUACCAUCUUUCGCAAGGCAGCUCAGAGAGAGGAGCUGGAGUGGAAGCAGGUUGUCGACUUGCUAUGGAGUGACCCCAAAAGCCUGAACGGCUGCAGCCCCAACACUUUCCGAGGGGGUGGCUGUUACUUUGGGCCUGACGUGACUCAGAGGCUGCUGAAGAAGCACAGGCUGAAGCUGCUGAUACGCUCUCACGAGUGCAAGCAGGAGGGCUAUGAGCUCUGCCACGAUGGCAAGGUAAUCACAAUUUUCUCAGCCUCCAAUUACUAUGAAGAGGGCAGUAACCGAGGGGCCUACAUUAAAAUGGGACCUGACCUUGUGCCUCGUUUCUUCCAGUAUCAAGUCAGCAAGAGUACCAGGAAGAUGACCCUCCAGCAGAGAGUUAGUGUGGCUGAGGGCUCAGCCCUGAAGUCCCUGAAGGAGAAGCUGUAUGCCCAUCGGUCUGAUCUGAUCUCUGCUUUCCAGCAAUAUGACAGAAACCUCACAGGUCGGAUCUCUAUCAGCGACUGGGCUCAGGCAGUCGAGUCUGUGCUUCACCUGGACCUGCCCUGGCGGACCCUGCGCUCUCGGUUGGCGAGGAUGGCUCCUGACGGGACCGUGGAGUACCUGUCCUGUUUCGAGGAUCUGCAGAUAGGGGAGCCGAGCAACGAGGUUACCCCUAACCUCAUGGAGACUCUGUAUAGAUAUCGCACUGACCUGGAGAUCAUAUUUAAUAUUAUUGACAAGGAUCACUCAGGAUUGAUUUCCAUCGAGGAGUUUCGUCAGACCUGGAGACUGUUCAGCUCCCAUCUUGGGAUCGACGUUGAUGACGGAGCCAUCGAUGAUCUGGCGCGCAGUAUUGACUUCAACAAAGAUGGCAGCAUCGACUUCAAUGAGUUUCUGGAGGCCUUUCGUGUGGUCCACAAACUGGACACCAAGGAACACCAGUGAUGGGGAACGGUGCUGUUUAAAGACAUAUAGGGAUGUACAUUUGUAAUUGGGGGAAAAAGAUAAAUGCUAUUGAAAGAGGCUGUGCGUGCUCUGAGCAGAGAGGAGAAAGCAAAACACUAAUGGAAAUUGCUUAGUUGGCUGGAAUGGAGUGUGAACUCAAUUAAAAGGAGAGUAAAACUGAGGUUGAACCUCAUGCAAACUGUUAAAUUUCUAGCAGAAGUUUUGUAAAAAUGGAUUUUAAAAAUGGUAAGCAACAGACUGAAAGUCACCUGCAUAUCAGUCUGUGGAGAAUGUGAACUUUGCUCCACUCUGUCCUGCACAAUAGAACACCUCUGUAAGGGAAGAUCAUGUGAAAAGCAGUAUACUAUUUACAGGACUGAAGAUUUUAUGCCGCCAAGAGUGGUUUAAAUGGGAAGAAUAAAAAUGAUAAGCAAUAUUUAUUCUGUCAAAAGUACAACAAGCAGAAUCAAUAAUAACUAAUGAAGACAACUUGCAAAGUAAUACUAACCUGAAAGAUUCUUUUCUGUGCAGUAGAAUUAAUCUUUGGAGUUUUAUUUAAGUAAGGAGCCAAAUGAUGAAAUAAUGACUAUGUACAUAUGGAACAAGCAUAAAUGUCUGCUUUUCCUAUUUAUUUCAAUUCACAACAAACACAACAGAUGUGAUUUAAAAUUAUAUGCAGAUCCACGGCCCAUCACCCAGACAGCGGUAUACAUACGGAGCCAAUAUUUAAGCCUCCACAUGGGUGAAUCUUGGAAUAUCAAGUUGUUAAUUGAGUUACCUUGUUAUAUUGGUAAAACCAAAACAAAAUCUGUAAAAGACUAGUUUGCAGUGUAAAGCAAAAUAUUAAAACAGUCUAAAAAGCCUCUACAGGCAAGUCUUGAUUAAAAUUAAAAGAGCUGGAAAAUGAGAAGAGCCUCAGAAGUCUUUUUUAGAGGUCAGGAUAAGUGCCACCCUGAACCAAUGAAAUCUAACAGUCCCCUUCAGGCUUCAAUCUGCUAAGUUUCAGUCUGUCUUCUAAACAUACGGAAAGUGAAACAUGGGCAAAAUGAAAUGAAAAAAUAGACACAUAAUGUUUAAUGUUUCAUUCUGAAUCCGGCCUCUGGAGGUUCCAUAACAUGCUCAACAGACUUGGGGGUCGAGCUCCGAAAACGAUCUUUCUGAAAUGACAGAGUCUGAAUCCCAAAUAAUAAGGUUGACCAAACAUGCCUGCAAACAGCCUUAAAAUGCAUUCCAUCUGCUGAGAUACAAUAUACUGUACAUACAUGACAUGUUUAUGUUGGCUGUUUUUUAUUUAAUUUGAUCUUGAUUUUUUUGUGGUUUUAACAAAGUCCCUUUAAGCUGCAAACGUAGAGCUAUAGACUCUGUGGUAAUACAGUUCCUUUAUAUACCUUCAAAGAUAUCCUGUUUGAAUGCAGCAAGCUUUUAGGUGGAGUUUUCUUUUUCUGGUGAAUAUUGACAUACGUUACUGUGUACAUGCAAGUAAUUAGACAAGUGUAAAUAAGAAUUAUAUAGUACCUACAGUGUAUGAAUUACACAGUUCUUCCUGAUAAAAAUAUAUUGUAUUGUUAAAAUAAACACUUUUUAUGAUGAA